CAGACCGGAAGUGGUUGAAGUGACGCGUCUCACGAAGAAGACGCACUGCUGCUGGAAGCUGUAAACACACGAGACACGUCGUUUAAAACGGUUCGUGGCAGCUGAUUCUCGAGGGUGACACGUCUCACCGUGAAGGCGAAAUGGACGACGACACGCUGACGACGCUGAAGAUACUGAUAAUAGGAGAGAGUGGUGUUGGGAAGUCCAGCCUCCUCUUAAGAUUCACAGAUGACACGUUUGACCCAGAACAGGCCGCCACCAUAGGUGUUGACUUUAAAGUGAAGACCAUUUCUGUGGACGGUAACAAGGCAAAGUUGGCCAUAUGGGACACUGCAGGACAGGAGCGCUUCCGAACCCUGACGCCUAGUUACUACCGUGGUGCCCAGGGAGUCAUCUUGGUGUAUGAUGUCACACGACGAGAAACUUUUGCCAAGCUUGAUAACUGGCUCAAUGAGCUGGAGACGUACUGUACGAGGAACGACCUUGUGAAGAUGCUUGUUGGAAACAAAAUCGAUAAGGAAAACCAUGAGCUAGACAGGGCCGAAGGGCUGAAGUUUGCGAGAAAACAUUCCACGCUUUUUAUAGAGGCAAGCGCAAAGACCCGGGACGGUGUUCAGUGUGCGUUCGAGGAGCUGGUGGAGAAGAUCAUCCAGACUCCCGGCUUAUGGCAGAGCGAGAACCACAGCCGAGGAGGAGUCCAGCUCAGCGACGAGGACGCGGGAGGUGGAAGCUGCGGCGGCUACUGCUCCCUGGUUUAGACGACACACACAGAUAAAGCACACAAACACACAUUCACACGUACAAACACACAUGUUCAAACAUACCACUCACUCAAACAAAAACAUUACACACACACUUGAAAGAACACUCUUCUUCCCACUGUGUGCUGCCCUGAGCAGAGCUCCCCACU